UUAUACGUCAUCAUCAGGAGCCGGAAGUGAAACGCGCGUUAUUUUGAAUACAAAGAAAAACAAACAGACGGGAGCUUUAUUUUCAAUCUUUAAAACCGUAAACUAACACAUUCAAGCAACCAAAACAUGUCAAAGAAAGCACCGAGAGCGGCCCUGAAGCUCCAAAUGAAGAAGAACACUAAUAUACGGAUAGGAAAAAACGCAGACUUGAUGGCCCAGCUCAACCUCCUGGUUCUCCUGCAUCGUCUAGCGAAAGAGUCCAGGGUGAAAGCCUUUGAGGAGAAAUCAGCAACCAUCAAAGUUCACCACGUCAGAGCUGUUGCGAAGAAACUGUUAAAGAGCACACGUGGAUAACGUGGAUGACGGGAGCUCCCCAUCACACCCCUUUAUUCGUUCAGCAUUCACCCUGUGACCUAGAAUUUACUUAAAGACUUCAGAAUGUGUGAGCUACAUAUGUGGACUGUCUAAGAUGAACAUUUUACUUUUAUUCUUGCCUUAGAACUUUUAUGUCCGUAAUGGAGUUUAUGUUGCCUUGUCUCAGCGUUGUUCCCAUUAUUAGGCUGGGAUCCAUGAUCAAUUUCUCUUGCUUCUAGUUUUGUAUAAAUCAUGUAUGAUGGACAGUAUCUAGCUAUGAUAUCUACAGUGACACAUGUGUCCCUCAUCUCUUUAGAUUGUAUUAUGUCUUAAUACCUGUUAAUAAACAGUUUGUACCACUUGUAA